GCAACAAUGGAACCGAGCAUGAAGGCCGUGGGCGUAUGACAGCAUGUAAGCGACAAAUCAAGUAUACACACACGCGAAUUAAUGCACGAUUUAUGAACGUAAAAUUCACCGUCAAACGUCACAGAAUGGCUUCGUGGUCGGAGAAAAUGCUGCAACUGCUGCGUCGAAUGAACAACUUUCAUUUACCAGGUUCCAGUUUAGAGAGCUGUCUACGUUUUGAGGUGGCUGGAGAGCAGGUGGGAUGGAUUCCCCCAAAAGUAGCAUCAGUUCUUGGUCGUUUUCCUUCUGUCUUUAGACCGUACGGGAGCGCUAUAACCUUUUGCUCCAGCGUUGACACUUUUGAGAGCAGAUCAGUGGCCGUGGAUGAGGUGCUGCAGGAGUUGAGGAGAGAAGCAACAUUCACCUGUCUCAUAGGCUGGAGGCAUGAGCAAUACGCAGUGAUGCCUAGAUACUGCGACCCUCCGCUCAUGUAUAUGGAGAGAGCAGCAACAAGUCUAUUUGGAGUAAAAAGGUACGGUGUCCAUGUCAAUGGCUACACCCGUGAUUCGAGUGGAAAUCUCAAUAUGUGGCUGGCACGACGGUCUUUGACUAAACAGACGUAUCCAGGAAGAUUGGACAAUCUGGCAGCUGGGGGGCUGGCAGCAGGCUGUAGUGUCAGGCAUACCAUGGUAAAAGAGUGUGAUGAAGAGGCCUGCAUCCCUCCAGGCCUGGCAGAGCAAGCGCUCCCUGUGGGAACUGUGAGCUACACCUAUGAAGACGAUGAAGGAGUAUUUCCUGAGUGCCAAUUUGUCUUUGACUUAGAGUUGCCUCUCAAUUUCCAACCUCACAUUGGAGAUGGAGAAGUGCAAGCAUUUUACUACUACCCCAUUGAGAAGGUGAAAGAUCUUCUAGUCAGUGAGGAAUUCAAGCCAAACUGUGCCAUGGUGGUUCUUGACUUCCUCAUCAGACACGCCAUCAUAGAGCCAGACUCAGAGCCCUAUUAUCAUGAAUUUGUUGCUGGAUUGCACAGAUCACUUUAAAAACUGACUGAUUGUUUUAGACCCAGGACAACCUUCAACAUUUUGGUAUUUUUUUUUUAUCUACCUCUUCUUUUAGUUCUUUUAACUAAUGUCAGCAUG